AUUGAGGAUCUUCGUUCCCAACUUUUGAGAGCAGAAGAAGACCGUGUAGAAUUGCAACAUCAAAUUUCACAUAUUGCUAUGCACCGCCAGAGCUACCAGGAUGUACAAGAUGAUGACAGGAGAAUUAGAACAGUAGCUGAAAGAUAUGAGAGAGAGAAGCAAGAACUGGAGAAACAUAUUUUGGAACUUAAAGCAAAGCUGAGUCAUAAUGCUGUAAUGUCAGAAGUAGAAGAACUAAAGAGAUGCAUAGAGCAUAAGGACAAGGAGAAAGCACAGCUUGUAAUGCAUAUACAGGUGUUAACAUCUGAUCUGGAAAACAGGGAGAAACAGCAGGAAAAAAUGCUGGACCAGCUAAAGGAGAUAGAGAGUUGCUACAAGGCUUGUGAGAAUGGACGUAGACAAACUGAACUCCAGUCUGCUGAGUUAGCUCAACAGGUUGAAGAGAGUACCAAGGAAGCAGACCGGUACCUCACUGAAUUCAAGCAUUCAGAGGCACUCAGGCUGGAGAUUGAGAAAAAAAGGGAAGAUCUGAAGGUAAGAGCACAGGAAACCAUCCGCCAGUGGAAGCUGAAAUGUAAGAAACUGGAUCGUGAGGUGGAAAAACAAAAUGAAACUAUCAACCAACUGAUGGACAAGAACAGUCAGGCCCUCAAAGAAAAGGAUGACCUCAGAAGUCAACUUCUCUCUGCUAUACACCAAAUAGAAAACCUUCAGAAAGAGCUGAAUGAUGUACUUACAAAGAGAGCCCAACAGGAAGAACUCCUCCACUGCAAAGAGGCAAAACUGAAUGAAAUGAAGUCUCACCAGGUAUCACUUGAAGAAGAGAUCAAAGAAGUUCAAGAUACUGUAAAUAAAUUGGAGAAUGAGUUGAAAAAGCAAGUUUUUCUACAAAAUCAAAUGCAAGCUGAAAAGGAACACUUGGAGACAGAACUUGCAACUAGUAACUUGAUACAUAAAAAAGACCAAGAAAGACUCUUAGAAAUGCAAGCAGAUGUAAAAAACUUAAGCUCUGUACGUGUGGAACUAACAAACAGAAUAGCAGAAGAGGAGAAAGUCAAAAAGGAAUUACAUAAGAGCCUCUCAGAUCUCCAGAAACAGCAGGAAUCUAAGCAUGAAGAGAUGACUUCAGCUAACAGGCAGCUGAAGAUGGAGAGAGAAGUUCACAAACAGGAGUUGGCAGAUCUUAGAUCAGAGUUACAAAAUGUUAAAAUCAAACAUGAACGAAAUGUUCAAGAGCUCACGAAACUCCUUAAACAAGAAAAGGAUGAUGCAGAGGCUCAGAUUAGAAUGCUAAAGAUGGAACUUGUAGAAGAAAAAAACAUAGUCAAGGCUCAGUGUCGACAACUGGAGAAGAUAAAAAUUGAGUGUGAUAAAUUGACAGAAGAAUUAACACAAAAUGAAGAAGAAAAUAUAAAACUCAGGCGGAAAUGUGAGUUUGUAAAACAAGAACUGGAGAAAAAGGAUAAACAGAUCAGCAAUGAAGAAGAUCAUUUGAGAAGGAUGGAUGAGGCCAAACUGCAGUUUAAGGAUCAGCUGCACCACUUAGAAAUGGAACAGGAAUCCAUUCUCACCAUGAUAGGAAGUGAAAUUGAUGCUGCUUGUGAAAUUUUUUCUCGGGAUUCCAUGGAGAAAUUCAAA